AUGGAACGCUCAAGUACCUCCUGGAGGCGCCAGGCCAAAGAGGAGGGGCCCCCAGAGGGGGGCCCCCAGUCGAAGUCGCGGGCGGAGUGGGGGGCCCCCCCGGGGGGCCCCCGCGGGGGCGGCGGGGACUCCAGGCGGAGUCGGUGGCGGGGGGGCCCCCACGAAGGCGACAGCAGCAGCAACAGCAGCAGCAGCAGCAGCAGCAGCAGCCACAUGAAGCGGCAGCGCGAGGACGAGGAGGGGCCCCUAGGGUACAGUUCGGACUCCGAGUUGUCCUUAAUGUCUGUGGCCUCUGAUGAACAGCGCCAGGGGGACCGGAGCCCCUCAGUGGAGUUUAUGCACAGAGAGGGGCCCCACAGCAGCGGGGGCCCCCUGCAGCAGCAGCAGCAGCAGCAGCAGCAGCAGCUGCUGCGGCUCGACGGCCAAGAGGCUGUGGGGGAGCUGCCUGCAGUCUUGACUCCCAUGUCUUCUUUGUCAAGUUCGGACUCUUCUCUCUCGCGGGCUUCUUCGCCUUCUCAGAGCAGAGAGGCCUCCAGGGGCCCGGGGCCCCGCCGGGGCGAGGGGGCCCCCCUGGGCGUGCAGGGGCCCCCCCUGGGGGGGGGCCCCCCGGGGCCCCCCGGAGGGUCCGCUGGGCCGGGCCUGCGGGAGGGGUGGGGCCCCUCGCUGGACUGGCCGCCCGGGCUUGGGGGCCCCCUGGGGGCGCCUCCGGGGGCCCCGCUGGGAGGGGGGGCCCCGCUGGGGGCCCCGCUGGGGGGCCCCCUGGGGGGCCCCCUGGGGGGCCCGCUGGGCCCCUCGAGGCCCUCGUCGGGGUACGGGGGGAGGUCACCUGGAGGUGACCCCGGCCCCGGGGGGGCCCCCGGGGGGGCCCCGGGGGGGGCCCCCGGGGGGGCCCCCGGAGGCGAGGCCGGGGCGCAUGCAAAGAGAAGCCCCGGGAGACGCAGCGGGAAGUUUUUGUUUGACCUUUGGGUCCCAACAACUUUCCAUCCUCUCGGGAAAGAUGCAGUGAAGGCCGUUUUGGGGGCCCGCGGGAAUACCCACAAAGAAAUGGAAAGGGUCGCGGGGGCCCACGUGCAGAUUUACGGCAAACAGCUCAACAGAAAUACCAAAAAACACGAAUAUGACGAAUUCAGGGACAACCAGCCGCUGCACCUGGUGGUCACGAGCGACCGCCUCCGCAACCCAAACCCCAGUCCAGAAGAGCAGCUGCAAAUAGUGCAUCGCCUGCAGCACAUGUUGGAGGGCCUCGUGCGGGACUGCUGGCCCCCGGGGGCCCCCCACCCCCCGCAUGCAUUCUUCGAGAAGCAGCAGUGCUUGGGGCCCUCCACGGGGCCCCUCGUGGAGGUCCACCCGCUCGACGGUUCCUGCAGAGUCGCGGGGGCCCCGGGGGCCCCGGGGGCCCCCGGGGCCCCGGGGGCCCCGGGGGCCCCCCCGGGAGGGGGGGGCCCCCCGCGCCUGCCCGCCAACCCGGCGGCUGCGCCCGGGGGCCCCCUCGCGCUGCAGCAGCAGCAGCGCGCCAACGACCCGGCGCCCCAGGACCCCAGGGGGGCCCCCCCGGACAGGCAAGCGGGGGGGCCCCUCUCGUUCCCCCAGCCCCCGUCGGGGCCCCCGCCGCCCCCGCAGCAGCAGCUGCAGCAGCAGCAGCUGCAGCAGCAGCAGCAGCUGCAGGAGGAGUCGCCCUCGCAGGCCCCCUGGGCCCACGCGGACCCCGCAGCUGUCCACGCCCUGACCAGUGGACCACGAGGGGAGGCCCGCUUCCAGGGCGACCCGAGUUUGCUGCUGGACCUGCCGCCGCCCGUGUGUCUGCUGAUGCUCACGCUGCAGGGGCUGCAUGCGCUGCUGGCUGAAGAGGGCCCCUGUUCGUUUGCUGCACUUCCGCAGCGUUUUGCGACUAAGUGGGAAGUGCCUUUGCGUUACUUGCGGGCUGAGUACGGGCUGGGGCCCUCUUGUGCUUUGUCUUGGAACGACACUCUCUUUGGUUUCCUCAGUCUUUUCCCCGAAAUCUUCACUUUCGCAAACCCCCAGGGGGCCCCCGGGGGCCCCUGGGGGGCCCCCGACCACCCGGCGGGGCCCACCGUCGCCUCCGUGGAGGCCCCCCAGUUCAGGGCCGUCGCGGCCCGCAUGCGCCACCUCCUCGCCUCCUAG